AUAAAAUUUUUUUUACCUACACGAGAAAUGAACAUUUCAGAUUUACAGUAUAAUUAUUUAGUGCUUCUCAAAUACGUGGUACCACCAUUGAUGUUGUUGUGUUUGAUGGGUAAUCUGCUAAACCUACUCAUCUACAGUCUGUCGUAUUUUGAUGGUAGUAGUUCGGUGCAUUUUUUACGUGCGAAAGCAAUGUUCAAUAUGAUUUUCGUUUGGUCUCGUCUUCUUGAGGUAAUCCACGCGUGGACUGAACCAGCACAGCAAUGGUUGGAACCGUUAUUUUGGCAUUCGCGUUCCUACAUUAUGACUAUAUCAAACAUAAGUGGAACAAUGUCAACAUGGCUUACCCUUAUGGUGACCGUUGAAACUGUGAUGUGCGUAUUGAUGCCCUUUCUAUUUCGUCAGUAUUGCACUAAAAGGACAACGUGGUUUUUUUUAUUAGUCACUCUGUCGUUGUCUACCCUUUUACAUUCGACAUUGGUAUUCACAACUGAAAUCGCAAUGCAUCCACUAGCUAUUACAGAACAUACACUGGGAAAGGUGAACUCGACGUGCUGGUAUGUUCAGAACAUGUAUGUGUUCAUGAUCCGUAGUAAUAGCGCUUAUGACGUGAUCCAGAAGAUCUACUAUUGGAUACAAACUGCAUUCGCCAUUAUCAUCCCGACGAUUGCCAUGCUCGUUUGUUCGAUUCUCAUCGUGAACCAAUUCACAUUCAAGGAGCUUGGUGAAGCAUUUUCACAACGGAGAAAAUGUGUUAUACGAAUGACGGUGGCCACCACUGUCUCUCAUCUGCUACUCGAGGGUCCGGCUACGUUAACGCAUGCAGCCGUGGCGUUAAAGGUAAUUAUUGGAAUUUAUAAACAUCAUUACAUGAUGUGCGUUUUGAAUAAUGCUAUCAAUAUCCUCUCAAUCGUUAACGCGACUAUACCAUUCUUUGUAUUUCUCUUGUGUAACGAGCAAUUUCGACACAUGACAGCCAUGUAUUUACGAGCACACAUGCAAACGAAUAGCGCUCGAAAGAAAACGUAUCUCUCUCAAGCUGGAAUGAGAUGUUCACAAGUGUCAAGAAUGGAAACGGAGCGGUCAUUCAUUGAGAGGCGAUUGCAUCCCAAUUCGUCUAAUCUCUAA